AUGACUUUCACCGCCAUUGUUAUGUACCCCAAUCCAGCCGAUAUCCAUUUCGACGAGGAUUACUACAUGAAGACUCACAUGCCCCUCGUUGAAACCACCUGGAAGAAGUACAGCCUGAACAGCUGGCAGGUCACCAAAUUCCCUAACGCGCUCGAUGGCUCGCGCUCUGAAUACUUGAUCAUGGCAACUCUCGAGUGGGAGAGCCAGGAGGCUCUGCAGUCUGCUCUCAAGGACCCCGCAAGUGCUAAUGUAUUUUCGGAUAUCCCCAACUUCACCAACCAGAAGCCUAUCACACUUGCUGGAGGAAAGCUGUGA